GGCGUCGGCCAGUCAGGAGAAAGCACCCGCGGGCCGGUUCACGCCCCCUUGUCGAAGCGGCGGCCAGGGCGAGAGAGGCUGCGAAAUACCAAAAUAAAGCAGAUGUUGUGUCCUGUACUGUUAUCUCAAGGUUUUGCAAGUCAUUCUGUUACGUGCUUCUUGGCAGCAGGAAUGUAAACUAAUUCUUUCAGCACUGAACUAGAACCUUGACAAGGUUAAACAGAUACAAUAUUGCAUAAACAUGGGUGCAUUUUUGGAUAAACCAAAAACUGAAAAACAUAAUGCUCAUGGUGCAGGGAAUGGCUUGCGUUACGGCCUCAGCAGUAUGCAGGGAUGGAGAGUGGAAAUGGAAGAUGCUCACACAGCUGUUGUAGGUAUUCCCCAUGGCUUAGAGGACUGGUCCUUUUUUGCUGUGUACGAUGGUCACGCGGGAUCUCGUGUUGCAAAUUACUGCUCCACACACUUACUAGAACACAUCACUAACAAUGAAGACUUUAGGGCAACAGAAAAACCUGGAUCUGCUCUUGAACCUUCAGUGGAAAAUGUCAAGAGUGGAAUCAGAACUGGCUUUUUGAAAAUUGAUGAGUAUAUGCGCAAUUUUGCAGACCUCAGAAAUGGCAUGGACAGAAGUGGCUCAACAGCAGUGGGAGUUAUGAUUUCACCUGAGCAUGUAUACUUUAUCAACUGUGGUGAUUCACGUGCUGUUCUCUAUAGGAAUGGACAAGUCUGUUUCUCAACACAGGAUCACAAACCUUGCAACCCGAGGGAGAAAGAGCGAAUCCAGAAUGCAGGAGGCAGUGUAAUGAUUCAGCGUGUUAAUGGUUCAUUGGCAGUUUCACGAGCUCUGGGGGACUAUGACUACAAAUGUGUUGAUGGUAAAGGCCCUACAGAACAACUUGUUUCUCCAGAGCCUGAGGUGUGUGAAAUUUUAAGGGCAGAAGAAGAUGAGUUCAUCAUCCUGGCUUGUGAUGGAAUCUGGGAUGUAAUGAGCAAUGAAGAGCUCUGUGAAUUUGUAAAGUCUAGACUUGAAGUAUCAGAUGACCUGGAAACAGUGUGCAAUUGGGUAGUGGACACUUGUUUACAUAAGGGGAGUCGUGAUAACAUGAGUAUUGUAUUAGUUUGUUUUCCAAAUGCUCCUAAAGUCUCAGAGGAGGCAGUGAAAAAAGAUGCAGAGUUGGAUAAGUACUUGGAAUCACGGGUUGAAGAAAUUAUGGAAAAAUCGGGUGAAGAAGGAAUGCCUGAUCUUGCUCAUGUUAUUCGUAUUUUAACUGCAGAGAAUAUCCCUAAUUUACCACCAGGAGGUGGUUUAGCUGGCAAGCGUAAUAUUAUUGAAAAUGUGUAUACUAGGCUGAAUCCACACAGAGACAAUGAGGGGGAGCCCGGCGCGGCCGAGGAAGGCGGACCGCAGGGGAGGUUGGUGGAGGCGCUGAGGCAGAUGCGGAUUAAUCACAGGGGCAACUACCGCCACCUGCUGGAGGAGAUGCUGGCCGGGUACCGCCUGGCGCAGCUCCAGGGCCCGGGCCCGCCGCAGGACCCCGCGGGCAGCGAGCCCGAGCCCCAGCCCGAACCGGAGCCGGCCCGCGCCGGCCCCGCACCGACAGCGGCAGCGGCACGGCGCCCGGCCGCGGGCAGCGACCAGAGCGGCCAGCAGCACGCCUGACACCGAGAGAGAGCGCUGCGCUUCACCGCCGCCGCACUGCGCUCACCGCGCUGCCUGGGCGCUGCCGGCCUGCGAGACUGCUUGGCUUCACUCUAGCUAUGUGUACGGAUUGUUUAGACACAGCUCUUACUUCCUUACCUGCCUGCAGCUACCGUGGGAUGUUACAGCAAUUGCAUCCCAAGCUGGGUAGCAACAUGUAACUUCCCAUUUGAGAUUUUGAUUUUCUUUUUUCAAAUCCUGUGUCACCAACAACAGGAGUACACAAAAAGGCAUUUUAAAGCUUUUUCUUUGGAGAACAUUAUUAAAUAAUAAUUUUUAUGGUAUAUGUUUGCUCAUCGUAAAGUAAUUUACAUCUUAGUUGUAUCUUUUGUGCAAUUUAAUUGAAUUGCACAAAUUCUUCAGGUUUUUUUCCCAGCAUUGAGUACUGCAUGUUUGUGUCUGGUUUGUUCAUGGUUUCUAUUACAGCUAAAUUACAAAAGCUGUCACAUUUUAGGUUGUCACUUAUGAAAUGUUUGAAUUUUUUCAGUUUAAAUUGUAUACAGCGUUCAUCGUAAAUACUGAUUUUCUAGACAAUGGUAUUAUUACUUCUCAGGUUGUAGCAUAGCAUAUAUCCAGAAAUGAAAAUGUACUUAAAUUUAGUACCUAGUGUCAAGUUACAAUAAUUUGUGAUCAAAUGAAAAUAAAAAUAUGCUGUGGAAUAAUAUCUGUAUGCAUAUUGACUCUUUUAAGUGAGUAAUAAACUUUAUUUGAAGUGCUGUGAUUCAGACAUGACUUGAAACUUUUCAUAGCUUCUGAUGUGAACUCAUGGUGUUAUUCAUUUCUACAAAGCUUUGAGUAAUUUUGGGUUUGAAGCAUUCAUCCUGUAUUUGGGCAACAUUUCUCAGGUUCAAGCUAAACAUCAGCCAUAUAAAUGAAUAAACUAUUCUUCUGAAGUUUGCCUUCUGCAAGAUCUUUUCUUUGUCUCUUGGGGUACAACACGUAGAUGUACAUCCAUUUGGGUAGCUCGGUGAUAAUACUGGGACUUUUCAGUCGUGGUAGCUCAUGCUAAUAAGUGAAAUGUGGAAGUCUUGUGUCAGUUGUCAGUUUUUAACAACACUUGCAGAAAAAUAUAAUUGUUCAAAAUAGGUAUAAAUUUCACUGCCUUAAUGAAUGUGACCCUGUGGGAAUUUAUUUUGGACCAGGAAUACCUGAGAAACUGAGUUCUUUAGUAUUUUGUAGAGCUUUUUUCUGUUUUGUAGUCCACAGAUGUGGUAUGUAUUGAUAAUUGUGAUUUAGUAAAACUUUAGGUUAAUCUUGGUUUUAAAUCAUUCUGUUAUAAGAGCUUUACUGGAUUCAUGUUUUAUGAAAGUGAAUUCCAUCUUGAUGUUGACACACAGGAAGUAUUUGUGUGUGGAAGUGGGCAGGUAUGGAAAACAAGGAAAAUGUUUUGUCUUUCGCUCGUAUUCUUCUUAAUUAUGCCACUGAAAUCCAAACUGAAACAAAAUGUAUUCAUUUGUAUUGGUGAGUAGUAAUAUUUCUCCUCUUCUUUUCCUGUAGGGUUCUGGAGAUCUAGAAGAUCCGUGGUAGCCUUACAAAUCUGCUAAAAUGCUUUUGGUUCUGAAAGGGG